CGGCGUUGAUGAAUGUUCAGGUUCGUUGAAUUUAGAAAACAGAGAAGUUUCACUGAAGCUUUCCUGUGAAUCUGGGAUGAAUAAUCCCAACAGGAUGAAGAAUUUUCCAGAUCAGAUGCAGAAACUUUCUCAGGAUCAGAGGAAGUGGUUUUAUUGUGAAAAGACUUCCAGCUUUUCCUGUCUUCCUGCAGCUUCAGGAACUUCCUGCUGGUGGUGUCAGACCUCCAGCUUCAGGUUUGGAGUUUCAGUCGAAGCCGUUUUCAGCAUUGGGGCGUGACCCCGGCUCCGUUUCUGGGUGGGGGCUCCUGGUCCUUCCUGAGCACGGGCCCCCACCUCCGGAGGUCAGCAGGAGUUCAGGUUCCUCCUGAGAGGAGGCCGUAAACUUUGAAUUAUGGCAAACCAGGAAUGUCUUCAUUCGGAAAGCAACAGCCCCUUCAGGGCUGACAGGGCCCGGGGCCCCCGGGGGCCACACCCUGCAUUCCUUUGCUUUUCUCACAAACGGCCCUUUAAAAGCGGGCGUCUCCCCAGAGGGGGGUCUGGGACAGUUGUGGGAGCUCCAGACUCCUCCCCCCGCUCCUCUUUUGUUUCUCCAGACGACACGCCUCUGCUGAGUUUAGAUAAGACCUCACCUGCCACACCUGUGGGGGGAGGGGGGGUUACAGCUGCAGCCCCGCCCCCCAGGCUGCAGUAAAACAGACAGACACAGCAUCUUCAGCUCAGACCUUCAUCCUCCUCAUCCUCGGACGGCUGCAGGUAAGGGCAGCAGGUGCAGCUCCUCCUUCCUGUUCUCCUGAUCCAGAACGUCUGACCGAGGUGUUGAUGCAGAACCUGCAGAACCUGCAGAGGAGGUUCUGCUGACCUUCAGGGUUCACAUUUUCCAAACAUCGGACUCCCGGUCCCCAGAAACCCAUUGCUGUUCUGAUCCAACUGGAGGUCAAACAUGGCGCCCUCCCCCUUCACCAUGCUCCUCCCCUUCCUGUGGGCGGUGCUUCACCUGACAGGAGCCCAGCAGACGUUCAGCUCCUCGUCCCAGCUGGACAUCAGCGCCUGUCCCAUCACCUUCUAUGGGAAGACCUACCGACAGUUCUACGUGAACUUCACCUCUGAGAGCUUCGUGGUGUGCUUAGGAGGGUUCUACAGCCCCGGAGGCCCCCAGGACUGCCUCCUGGUGACCCCGCCCGACUCCCAACGCGCCUCCCUGGAGGUCAAAAAGCGGAUUCCCCUCAUGGAGAUGAUCCUCCACAGGAACCUGCCGAGCAUCCAGAGCAGGAUGGACUGCUUCGCCGGGUUCUCCCUGCAGCACGGCGGCCAGUCGACCAGCUUGGCUCUGGUCAGCUUUGGGAGGCUGUCGGCGCUGUACCUGUACACCACUGCAGCUGGAACCGUGGCCGUGGAUGUUCAGCUCAGCGGAACCAGAGUCCGGACUGUGACGGUCACCAACACUCCUGGAGACAAACAGAUCCGAGGAUACCUGGACACCAGCGGAUGCUUCUACUCAGGUGUCAUCUACUCACCUGGAAGUCAGGUGAACUCCCCAGAGACCUGCCUCUUCCUCAACUGCAGUGAGGAUCUCGGUCUCCAGGUUUCUGCCUGUGGUCCACUGGAGCGUUGUCAAGGCAACGGCAGCUGCAUAGAGGCCCCCCCCCAAACCCCAAUGCCGCGCCGGACCUGCACCGUGGUUGGUCCCGCGGUCUUGGACGUCCACGGGCAGAUGAGGUUGGUGGAGGACCGGUGCUCCUACGCCCUGCUGUCGGCUCCUGACCUCCAGAUCGUGGCGACGUUUCAGGAGCGGCGCCGCAAAGACGUGGGCUUCCUGGACGGCGUGAUCCUGCAGUUGGGCAGGUCGGACGUUCACGUCAGCCUGGACCCGGGCGGGAGGAUCAGGCUGAACAACCUGACGAUGGUCCUCAACGGCUCCGCCCAGAGGGUUUAUGGCGUGGAGGUGUCUAAAGACCGGACGGGAGUCACGGUCCAAGUGUCGCGCUCCAACCUCACCGCAUCCGUCUUCUUUAACGGGGACUCUGUGCAGCUCCACCUAGAGGGACCGGCCGUUCCAUCGCUGGGGGGUCUGUGUGGAAACUCCAGCGGGAUUUUGGGUCAACUGAGGCCUCCUGAGUUCAGCUCCACCGGCUGUGAGACGCGGUACAGCGACGCUGUGGACGCAUCCAUCAACUGCACAUUGAUGGCUGAACGCUGUAACGUCCUGAAGGGGGCGCCCUUCUCCUCCUGUGACACGGACCCUGAGCCUUUCAUCACCGCCUGCAGGGACGUUUUGUGUAAAUAUGGCGAUCUGGAUGGACUCAGGUGUCAGUUCCUGGAGGUCUACGCUAGAGCCUGCAGCCUGAGCAGCGGCGCCGCCCUGGAGGGCUUGAGGUCCAGAGCCGAGUGCUCGCCCCCUAUGGGCCUCUGUCAGGACAGGACCUGCGGUCCCAACGAGUUCUGCUCUGAGACCGGGCCGGCCGGACAACCGCGCUGCCUCUGCCGGGCUCUGUUUGCCUCUGAGUACCUGGAGAGAAACACUCUGGGCGGUUCCACCGUCUGCAGGCAGAACUCUGCGUCUCUUUCUCUGGUCGGGUGUCUCCUGGAGGACAAAGGCAUCGACUACACCCAGCUGCACCUGAACGACCCCGCCUGCAAGGGGCAGAUGAACGAGCAGACCCGCAUGGUGACCUUCAGCUUCAACAGCAGCAGCUGUGGGACAGAGGUUCUGACCAACAGCAGUCAUGUGAUCUUCAAGAACACCAUCCGGGGUCAGAACGUCUCCUCUGACGUCACACGCUACACUCAGUUCCACAUGGACUCCUCCUGCGCUCAGACCCAACCGGAUGUUCAGACGGUGGCCUUCAGCGUCCGUGGCAGCACCGUGGUCCAGCUCGCCACAUCUGGAUCCUGGAACUACACGCUCACCCUGGAGGCCUUCACUGACGCCGGGCUCUCACAGGCGGUGCAGUCGAGCACCGAGCUGCAGCUCAACCAAAGGAUCUGGGUGGAGCUCCGCACUCAUGGUCUGGAGGAAACCACCGUUGUCAUGGUGAUGGACUCCUGCUGGGCGACCGACAACGGCACCUCCAUAUACGAGCUGAUCCAUAACGGGUGUGCCAACCCCGCCGACCGGACGGUGCAGGUGGAGAGAAAUGGACAAACGGCGUCCAGCGUCUUCUCUUUCAAGAUGUUCAGCUUCUCUGAGAGUUCUGGAGACGUCGACCUGACCUGCAGACUGAAGCUGUGCUUCAGACGGGAGGAGAGCUGCUCACCUGAAUGCAGCAGAUCUCUGACACGCAGAUCGGCCCGGUCCAAUCACAGAGGUGCUGCUGCCUCCAUCCUGGACCCAUGAGGUCAAGCUGGUCCAGAGACACGAAGGUUCUGUUCAGAUCGGAGAUCUGCUCGUUCUGAGAACAGAACCACGACGUUGUGAGGAGAGGAGGAGUCAAAUGAAGAACAAAAACCUGAACAUGAACGCUGCAGAAAAGCUGUGAGGAUGAUGAAGGUCCAGGAAGAGGAUGCUGGUGCUUUCUGGAGGAUGGAGCUCGUUUAGGAAUGUGAUUGACUAUGAUCCUCUUCAGGUUCUCAGACGUUCUCUGGUCUCUGCUGCAACAUUCCAUUCUGACAUUCAGGGUUUAUGCUUCAGGACACAGGAGGAGUCUCUUUAGAUAGACUCCCUCUGAGCUUUAACUUCAGUGUCUCAUUGUGUGUAUGUUCAGUUUUGGGCUGUGGGGGGUCAGAUGGGUGGAGGGGGGCACAGAACACAGAUUGCCUGGUUGAAGGUUGGGUUCCACCAGGUUCCCUACAGUCGUGGUUUUCUGAUCACCACUAGUUCUGGUUUCCAUCGUGGAUGUUUUGGUUGGAGUUUGCUUGUUUUUGUCGUCUUUCAUAAAGUUUUGGUUUGAUCUCCUGCA